CAACUAAAUCCUACUACCUUGCUUUCAUAAAUAUUUCUAUUUCUGCAACAAAUUAAUAUUCAUAAAAACUUUCAGCUUUAAUUCCCUGACCAAACUUCAACUUAAUUCCCAAACAUAUAUUUGAUGGAGAGAACACAAUCAUCACUUCUACAGAUUCAGCCUCCUACCUAUGGCAACUUAGUAACUAUACUAAGCAUUGAUGGUGGCGGCAUUAGGGGAAUUAUUCCCGCAACUAUCCUCGAGUUCCUUGAAUCGCAACUUCAAGAAUUAGACGGUGAAUCUGCUAGGCUUGCAGAUUACUUUGAUGUGAUUACAGGAACAAGCACAGGUGGUCUUGUAACUGCCAUGUUAAGCGCUCCGAAUGAUAAAAAGCGCCCACUUUUUGCUGCCAAGGAUAUCAAGCCCUUUUACUUGGAGCAUUCUCCAAAGAUCUUCCCACAACAAAAGGACUUGUUUGGAUCAUUUGGAAAAUUGUUCAGAUCAUUGGUAGGACCAAAAUAUGAUGGGAAAUACCUUCACGAAGUGGUGAGGGAGAAGUUGGGGGAAAUUCGUGUGCACGAGACGCUGACCAAUAUUGUGAUUCCCACAUUUGACAUAAAAACAAUGCAACCAAUUAUUUUCUCAUCUUAUAAGAUCAAGAAAACUCCAUGCAUGGAUGCUCGACUCUCAGACAUAUGUAUCAGCACCUCUGCUGCACCUACUUAUCUUCCAGGUUACAAUUUCAAGAACCAAGAUACAGAAGGCAACACACAUGAAUUCAACCUUAUUGAUGGAGGUGUUUGUGCAAAUAAUCCGACUUUAGUGGCUAUGAAUGAAGUAACAAAUCAGAUAAUUAAUCAGAAUAAUGACUUCUAUGCCAUCAAGCCAAUGGAAUAUAGCCGUUUCUUGAUAAUCUCACUGGGAACUGGGACACCCAAGAAUGAACAAAAGUUCAAUGCGAAAAUGGCAGCAAAAUGGGGUCUGCUGGAUUGGUUAACUCACGGUGGUUCGACUCCCUUAAUCGACAUGUUUAGUCAAUCAUCAGCUGAUAUGGUUGAUUUCCAUCUUGCUGCCGUCACUCGAGCACUUAAUUCACAACAUAAUUACCUAAGGAUACAGGAUGAUACAUUGACCGGUACAGAUUCUUCGGUUGAUAUUUCCACGACAGAGAAUUUAGAAAAACUUUGCCAAAUUGGUGACAAAUUAUUGAAGAAACCAGUAUCUAAGGUCAAUUUAGAGAAUGGUAUGUUUGAGCCUAUGGAAAAGGGAGAAACCAACGAAGAUGCCCUCAAAAGGUUUGCCAAAAUACUUUCUCAAGAGAGGAGGCUCCGAGAGUUGAAAUCCCCUCACACUAAUAAUAAAGCUUUGAUAUAGAGAAACAUUUCCUCAUUGCUUCUGAAUUCUUAGUUUUUCUCCUUAACAUAAUUCCCAUUCUUUCAAUGUAAUUUUACAAAAUUUGUUAACUUCAUUUAUUUUUUAAAGUAUGCAUUGUACUCUAUUGAUGUAAUAAAGAAAAAGUGUAAUUGUUUGUUCAUUAACUGUAAGAUUCAAUUUAA